GCACUUUUUACCAAUUUUGUUUAGAAGGUUUAUAUUCUUCCAAAAUAGUCUAUUAGCUUUCAAAAUCAUAUCAAGUUAGUCUACCCCAAGCCAUUACCGUUAAUUAACAUGACAGAAAUCCUUGUUAGCGCUCAUGUGGCACCACGUCAUCAGCCACGUAAACACCAUAAGGCCAAAAUAAAAGGAGGGAAAAUAAUUAAAUUUUUUACAUGAAAAUUAAAGAGGCAGGAGUUUUCCCUCUUUUAUUCUGGCCAUGUAGUGUUUACAUGGCAAAUGACAUGGUGCCAGAUAAUCACUAUGACAGUGUAUGUUUCUUCAUUUAGCUCCUUGUAACAAUAUGUCACAAAAGAUAACUUGUAAUGAGGAUCCAGAAUUAUGGCAAAAGCAAGAACAAGGCUAUAAGAAUUCCAGUGCUUCUCAAAUUUGGCCUCUAUGUUAAUUGCCACGUCUUUGAUAUAAAUAUCCCUACAGUUGAUAUUCUCCAACAAGCGUAACUCAAUCUUCUAAACAUUGGUAUGGUGGGAUGUACAACCACAAAUCUGCAUGAUGAACAACCAUAAGGCUGCCUUGCUAUUAUCUUAUGUUUAUUGAAAGUAUUUAUGUCAUGUUUAUUUAUGACACUGAUGAAGCUGUUCAGCAUGGAAGAGCAGUGUUUGAUGGAACUGAUUCUUUGCUUCCUGAGGUAAAGGAACAUAUUUUCUGGUCUGUUCUAGAAUGGAGACCAAGUAAGCAUGCACUUGGAUUGAACUUACCUGUUCUAAAUUAGAUAGUUCUAAUUUAGAGAAUGUGGAUUAUUUUUGAGAUGAUGAUUUGUCUAUGUUUAAUUCUUGUAUCUUGACAUAAGUUUUAUAUGGAAGAACAAUGUAAGUUAAUUGAUGGAACUUAUUAAAUUAAAUUAAGGUUUCAGUUAUGGCUCUUAAGUUGUAACCUAUGCUUAUUGGGCUACAUCGCUCAUGGUGUAUUGUAACUAUUGUUCACCCUGUUUCAGGUUAGCGGGUGAAGAGAUCAACAAUUUUGGGAGACUAAGAGUUUCCUAUGGUUUCUAGCAGUGAACAAGCUAUUCAGGCUUGUUGAGGUAACUUGUAUCUACCCAAAGCUAAAUCCUAGCGAAGUGUUUUGUAAAACAACUUCGCAUUAUUAGAAUAUGUUUUGUUUACCAAAUGGAGCAUCAAGCAAACUUAAGAGCUGAUUCUUAAUCUAGUUUAUUAUCAUAGAGUUUGCUGUAUAAAAAGUGUAUACACGGACUGCCUGAGGACUUGUGAAAAUAUUUAACAUAUGUGUUUUCAAAUUGGAAUCUAAGCUCCUUAGUUUGCUACAGCGGUGAUUAUCUGUUCUUUAAAUCUUUAGUUAUCUGAUUAUUAAAAGUUAAAUUGUUUUUGUAUUUAAAGAUAGUCUUUUAUAGAAGUUUAAGACUUAUUUAUCAUGAACUGGUUUUCAAAAGCUCCCUAAAGAAGACCUAAAAAUAUCUUUUAUCUAAGAAGCAUGUCUUUUACCCAACCCAUGAAAAAGGAUAUGAAUCUGUAGAGGGAGAGAAAACAUUAAUGCAAAUGGCUGGUUAAUUGAUUUAGAUAAGUGAGGCGGGAGAUGAAGCAUGGGUGGAAGAUGUAGAGUUUGGCUUUGGCGUGGGAAACCUGGAGGUGCAGUGAACAUAUAUUGGAACUAGGGAUGAGGGUGUCUUGAAAAAUGAAUUGCUGAUUAGUAA